ACAGAAUCAACCAUACAAUAAACUGUUCUUGCGCUGUAAUAGUGAUCAUAAUAAAACUGAUUUAAAAGUUUUCUCAAGUGAUUUUUUCUGUCGUAAUUUCUCAAGUCAAUUGGAUGAUUACUAUCGCACAGGCUCAUAUACUUUUAGUGUCGAUACUUGGCUUGUUAAGUGAUGUUCAUCUUAAAUACGGUCAUCUAAAUGAGUUCUAAUAGCAACAGAUGUGCUUCUGUGACAAGUAUUACACUCUACCACAAAAUCACUUCUUCGUGUCCAAUAUUUCCACGGCCAACUGUCAAGUAUAUGAUUGCGUAAAAAAUUAUUAUCAUGAAACUAAUUACUAGUACGUUGCCGAUUAUUGUGAUUCUAUGGAUUCUGGCUACGAGUAAUCUAGCAUCUAGCAAGAGACUAUUGAUCAUUACUCCGGCUCCAUCCUAUAGUCAUCAGAUAGUAUUUCGGGCACUAUGUCUCGCUUUGAACAAACGGGGACACGAGAUAGUAGUAUUAACUCCUAAUACCUUGAAUGAUCCUAGCUUAACUAACUAUACGGAAAUAGACUUUGGUUUUGAAUACGAGAAGAUCGAUGAUACUGAUUUGAGUCAGACUCGUUGGAAUCUCACGCAGCUGGGAGGAUUAAAGACGAGAUUGCUGAAGCUCGGACACGGCAUUGCAGAGGAUGUCCUCAGUCAUCCUGAUCUCAUGAAGUAUUAUGAGAAUAGAACUAAUCAGCAAUUCGACGCGGUAAUAGCGGAGAUGAUUAUGACACCUGCAAUCUACUUACUGGCGCACAAAUUUAACGCUCCUUUAAUAGGUAUUAUGUCUAUGGACUUGCAAAACUGCCAUCGUUUUAAUUUCGGCAGCCCUGUGCUGCCAUCGCAUGCCUCAAAUUGGGAGCUCGAAAGUAAGACGGGAUUAAAUGUCUCAUUUUGGAGGCGAUUGGUGAACUUUUUUAACACUUGGUGGCAUAUAUACUCAUGGUUUAAUAAUUUCGCGAACCGGCAACAAAAAAUCGCCGAAAAAUAUUUCGGCAAGGAUAUCCCGCAUGUAGUCGACGUUGCGAAGAACAUGAGUCUCAUUCUGAUCAAUCAAGAACCGUUGCUCGCCUACGCGAGACCCGAAAUACCUAACAUUGUUCACUUCAGCGGCCUACACAUCCUGAAAACACCGCCGUCAUUAUCAAAGGAUUUAAAAAGCUUCCUGGAUAACGCGACAAAUGGCUUCAUUUACAUGAGUCUGGGAACUAACGUGAAAAGCAAAUUAUUGCCGAAGAAAGCACUAGAAAUAUUUAUCAAUGCCUUUGCCGACUUGCCGUACAAAGUACUGUGGAAAUUUGAGGACAAUAAUUUACGCGUGUCUCCUAACAUUUUUAUCUCGAAAUGGAUCCCGCAGCAGGGUGUACUGGCUCAUCCAAACAUCAAGCUCUUCAUUUAUCAAGGCGGCCUGCAGAGUACCGAAGAAGCAGUUCACUACGCGGUCCCGCUCAUAGGAAUACCAUUUGUCUUCGAUCAGGUGUAUCAAGUUAUGAAAAUGGUUUCUCUGGGAGUCGCAAAACACCUGGACAUAGUCCGGCUUACGACGCCGGAACUGCGCGACACUAUAUUGGAAGUCGCCGGUGAUAAGGGAUACAAAGAUAGGAUGUUGAAGCUACGUGCUCUCACAAAGGACAAGCCUUACGAUAGUUUAGAGAACGUUAUAUGGUGGAUCGAGUUCGUAAUGCGUCACAACGGCGCGCCUCAUUUACGUUUUAAUGGAGUCGAUGCCGCGUGGUAUCAGCAAUUCGAUUUAGACGUUAUUGUAUUUUUGACGAUAGUAACAUUUUCAGUUUUAUGUAUCCUCUUAGUCAUCACAAAACGAGUGUUGAUAUCGUUAUAUACACGUUACGAAAUGGGCACUCGAUGUGCGUUUCGUAAAUUUGUAACGAAAAAGCUAAAAUCGAAAUAAUCAAUUUUUGUACAGAUUGGAAAACAUCUAAAUAUUACAUAUUUCCUCCUCUUCUGUAAGCUUGAAUAUAAUUUCGCUUGGCAAUCGUUUAGAAAAAAUGUCUUUUUCAAAAUAUACAUAUACUACACCAACUA